ACUCGGCUUCGACGACCGGAAUAACAAGCAAACACCAGCUCUGGUUUCUCUUCCACUGACCCUAUUUCUUUUACUUUUUACCCGGGAUUACGUCAAAGGAAAUUGAAGAAGAUGGCGCCAUCACCAUCGGAAUCCACCGAUUUGGCGUCACCACCACCAUCAAAGAUUACUGACUUGAACGAGGACUCACUGUCUCAUUGUGCCAGUUACCUGAGCCUGCAGGACAUCUCCAAUUUGGCCAUGACCUGCAAGUUCCUCAAGCGCGUGUCUUAUUCUGAUUCCAUCUGGCAGCGGUGCUUUAGCGAGCGUUGGCCAAAUGAAGUGGCUCGUAUCUCGUCAACCUCUUCAGGAGUGAGGGAUGCGUAUUUGGCUAGGCACGCUUCAAUGCAUCAAUUCAAAUUCGUUGAUCCUUUGUCUGCUGAUUUAUAUACGAAUGCGAAACCUUUUGAUCAUAUUAUAUUGGACAAAAAUGAUGUCAUCUUUUCACAGGGUUCGUCCAUACAAUCAGUGAAGAUUGAUAGCAAUGGAGAAGACUCUGUGGUCACACUAAGUGAUCAUAAUGCAAGAAUUACUUGUAUGAGAUUGUUUCCCAUUUAUGAAACCUCUCUUUAUCGAAGCCAGUCACAAAUUAAAGAAAAUGUUUUGAUAACCUCAAGCUGUGAUCAUUCUAUUCGUUUGUGGUGGAAGGGCUCUUGCCAACGCUGUUUUAGAGGUCAUAAUGGUCCUGUUUCAACCUUGUCAGAUAAGUUGCUAGGUGACAGUAGUGCCAAGUUAUUGGCAAGUGGUGGGGAGGAUGGUACAGUUCGCCUUUGGUCCCUUAGCUCAAGUGCAAAGCGAGGUCAACAUGCUUUAAAGGCUACAUUUUAUGGGCAUGAGAAACCUAUAAAAUUGAUGUCAGUUGCAGGGCACAAAGCUUCUCUUUUGGUAACCAUCUCAAAAGAUUCCAAGGUUAGGGUUUGGGAUACAACUACAUCUUCUGCUAUUCGUUCUUCAUGCUGUGUUGGAAUGACUUGUCUGCCUGGCACACCUGUGGACAUGAAAUGCCAUGAAUCGUUGCUUUAUGUUGCAGCUGGUUCCUCUGUUGGAGUUGUGGAUUUGAGAACAAUGCAGAAAGUCAUCACUGCUGCUAGUUACCAACCUAGAUUAUGUUCAUUUGCAAUUGUCCCUUCAAAGUCCUUGAUAUGCACUGGUGGAAGCGGCAAAGCAAUGCUUUGGGAUAUAAGGAGAAAUCAGGAGGCACCAAAAGCAGAACCAAUAGCCGAGUUGGAUGGACAUACAGGUCCAGUUGCACAGUUGCACAUGGAUCCAUAUAAAAUAGUAACAGGAGGACCAGAGGAUUUAUACAUUAAUGUUUGGGAGACUAAAACUGGUGUGCAAACAAAUUCCUUGAUGUGCUGCCAUUCUGAGGACGCAAGGCGUAGCUCUGGGUGUUCAGCCUUGGCAGUGAAUGGAACUCGAGUUGUAACUGCUACCUGUGGUGAAGAAAAUGGAAUUGUACGCUUUAGAGAUUUCGUCAAUGCUUCUUGUCCCGUUUUGAAGCAUGAAGAUGAGCAUAGUUCAAAGUUUUGGGAUCCAGAAUGUUACAGUGAUAGCAGUACUGAAUAGCUUUGAUAUCUGAAAAAAAUCAUUAGUAUAAAUUUACUGUCGAUUUUGUGUUAUACCUGUUCCCUUGUUAGGUCACCAGUAAAGUAUUAUGCUGGCUGCUGAAUUUCCCUUUUUUUUUUCAUUUUUUCUGUGACAAUAGAAUAUUGCCUUUUUUUUUUUUCCUUGAUAGAUUUGAUGGAUUGUAUUUAAGGUGUAAAUUGAAAUGUGAAUUGAUUAUGUGAUGAUUUUUCUGUGUCGAAAUUUUAUAGAGUUGGAGUAAUUAUUUCCUAAUGAAGAUUUUCGAUUAUGUUCCAUUCA